UCUGUAUCCUUCUUGCACUAACGGAAUGAUCUGCUGUUCUCUAAUUGCAUCACCCAAAUUCAGCGCUUUAGUCUGAACACAUGAACGGACACCGGGACUGGGCUGGCGCCCUGAACACGCAUCUUGUGUGAUACAGAUCGCGAAUGUUAGCUUGACGAUGAUGGCGCUGCAGAAGAUGUAUGGAAAGAGGCCAUGGCGUCUCACUUUGUCUAUCUAUCUUCCUGCUUCAUCGGCAACCUAAUUUGUGGGCGUAGACGUUGUAGACCGCAUUUCAAAUCUCACAUCCUUGCUGGACAACUCGAUAGAACGUCCUUCUUCUUUUGCGCACGCGUACUCCUUCUCGCUCUCCCCAGACGCCGCGCCACGCUAAAAACGGACUCAUUCAGCAACGAUGGACGCCCGUCAGAUGGCGCUCGAGAAAGUGCCACAGGCGAUCCAGAUCCGCUUCUCAUUCCCGCCAUACCCUGGAGCAGAACUCAAGACCAUCGCCGUCGACCUGCCUGAGGGUGCAUUGCUGCUGGAUGCCAUUCGCCAAUGUCGCCUCGAGCAUCAUGUACCCGUGUACCUGGAACAUUCGUUUCUUUCAACAGCACAGAGUCUUAUUCAGGAAGCACGUAGGGCAGCAGUGGACCAGGAAAUAAAGCGUGUCAACCAGGCCGUAUUUGCGAAGGACGCAUCUGAAGCAGACAGCACACAGCAGGGUCAGACGCGCAAGAAUGAUGCCGAGACGCAGCAGGAGGAUUCUGUAGCAGAGCUGGAGCAGGACUUGGCGCUUCAACGAGCCAUAAUCGCGAACUAUAGGAGCUACACCAGCCAGUUUUAUACCCAGCCUGAAGAGAAUCUUUUCCCAGAAGCCUAUCAUACACUCGUCCACUCACCCAUUCCAUCUCUCUUCGAUGCCAUUCUGGACCUUGAGCGCGAGUAUGCAGGAGAAGUCGAUGCGCUUCUGACCGCACGCGACAAAGAGAUUAACGACAUUCAAACAAAGCACAACAACGCGCUAUCCACCGAUACACCUCAACGUAACCUGACUCAUCUUAUGACACGACAUAUCGAGAGAAUGGAGGUUGCGCAAGCGAUGUGGAAUAGUCAGUUGGACGACCUUCAAUCCGCACAAAGAUCAAAAUACCAAGAGUUCAUCUUGGAGCUCUAUGCUAUCUACAAGCGACGUCAACUGCAACUCGAUCACGGUGCGAGCAAGGAUGAUGCCAACGGUACUCUGUUACUGGACGGAAAGGAUAUGGUGGCAGAAGCUAUGCGGACUAUCGGCGCACGGCGAUCCAACAUUGAGGGCGCUUCCACAAACCAGGAUAUUGGAAAUGCCGCCAGUGAAAAUAAUAAAAACCUGCCAGCAACGCCUCCACCUCAACCAGAGACAGUAGCAGCAAGCUCUCAGUUUCCACAAGAACCUAAUUCAGCAGGCAUAACUGCUCUAAAUCCCGAGACAGCAGCAUCUUCUGAGCCACCACCAAAACCACCGCGCAAGGAGGAAGAUGUUGAGCUCAACCGGAUGGUUCAGUCCAUUCUGGAGAUGGGAUUCGAUGUAGAACAGGCGAAGGGAGCUCUGCUAAUCGCCAACCGUAAUAUGGAUCAUGCGAUCAACCUGCUCCUGGAGCAGCCAGAAAAUAUCCCACGCCUGGUGCUCGCGAAGCAAAAGGUUGAAGCUAUGAAAGAGAGCGCCAGGAGACAGAACCGUGCACAAUCAUCGCCUCAGCAACCUCUGCCGUCAUUAACAGGAUCGAACAAUGCCAACACAGCCCCAAAUCCUGCGCCAGCGCAGGAUCCGAGAGCGCAAGCUUUCGGUCGUCCGGUGGAAAGAUCUUCCUCUGUAUCGUCUCCACGACCCCUGAUCGGAGGUUUGACCCAGGGAGUGGGAGGUUUCUUUCAGCAGCAGAGGAAUGCGCUGCUGACCAACAACACAAAUCCGUCGGUCAAGAAGUUUGGAGGCUGGCUCAAUAAAGCGAUUGAGAACCUUGGUCUAGACGACGACUUUGACGACUCAGCUUCCAGGAACAGUGCAAAUUCAUACAACAGCCCUUACGCUCCUGCGCCACCUCCAGUGUCUAAUCUUGAUGAGUCCUUCACGGUGGUCCUUGGCAGCAGCCAUUCUAAGGUUACGCAUAACUUCCGUCUGAUGGUAUCUGACCCGGCGGAGGUCUUUCCGAGUAAUCGUGUCAAGACAGAGCAGGAUGCUGCGAUCCAUGCCCAAACCGCAUCUUCGCUUUACGGACAAAAUUUGACAGGCCUAGUCCAACUGGUGAACAUUCGGGAUUGGGCAAAAUACAAAGGCGGACAGGCCUGUCAUCAAGAAUUCUUCAAAGCAUGUCGGACCAGUACGGAGCUCCACUUUGAUAGUAUCGAAAAACAGCUUGAGGCCCUGGAAGACGAAUUCCCCCUAGACGGAUCCACGCUACGCGAGGGUGACUUUGUCCUCACACGGCACUCCAACCUUCCAAUGAUCCAUGUCGUGUUCCACCUAUUCUACGGUCAACUGCCACCUCAGCCCAGCAACUCGGACAGCCCUUCAGCUUCUACGCCCACCUCCGCACCUCACCAACCUCCCAUGUUCAGCCAGUCGAACGAUUUUUCCCCGAAACCAGACUUCUUGUCCGGGUUGCGGAAUAUCAUCAGGACCGCCCAUCGGUACGAGAUCACGAUGCUGUCGCUCCCAUUUUUGAUGAUGCCCACGGCCUUUGAGCAGCAGCUCGUUGCGUCCUCGGCACCCGAAGCAGCGGGACCGUCGAGACAUCAUCGCCAUAAUUCACACUAUGGCUCUCCUUCGCUUUCUGCGGUAUCAACCUCAUCUGGAGCAUCUUCACCCUCAAGCUCCUCUGUGGCUUCGCUCUCAACGGCGGCUACUUCGAAUAGCUCUUAUGCCUAUAGCGGCGGCGGCCACGGCGGCCCUGUGUACUAUAUCACAGAUCAGACGCGCCGCGAUCUGCAGCGCCGUUCAGAAUCGCUGUUGAGGCACUUGAAAUCCUUCCUGAUGGACAAUGCGAGAGAGGUCAAGCAGGUUGGAAACCAGGGCAGCGAAGCCGAAAAAUUUAGAGCGUCUCAGGGUGGCGAUGUCAAGGUGGUUCAAUUCUUGCUGCCCAAGGGCACAAGUGACGAGAUGUUCCGGGCGUUUAGAACUUUACUCAUCAAUAUCUUUGGUGGGGCAUAGGGAACCCGAUCAUGUAAUAUAAAGAAUGC